UGCCUAUGCAUCAAAAUGGCGUCCGGCAUGUGGGAAGAAGUUCUCGCUGUUAAGACCGAAAAUCGCAGAGAGCUUAAUUUACAGGGUCCAUUUAUCAAUAAAAGAAUUGAGGAUAGAGGGUUAGAUGAGGGGGUUUUUACGUUGACUGGCUUGAACCUAUUAAAAAUAGCAGGCACUCCGUUAGAAAGUUUAUCAGAAAAGCUAGGGAAUCUGAACAAUCUCACGUCAUUGAUGCUAGAAAAUAAUAAAUUGAAGGAACUACCCUCCUCAGUCGGAAAUCUAGUAUCUCUCAAAUUUCUUGAUAUAUCAGGAAAUAAACUUGAAUCAUUACCCGAUACACUCUCAAACCUUGUCAACAUACAGUCUUUAAAUGCAAACCUGAAUAACUUGCAGUCCUUCCCAGAUGUUUCCAACAUGAAAGUUCUUGCUUACUUGAGUAUUGCUAGAAAUAAAUUAUCUGCUUUACCACCGGGAGUUUGUGAUCCAAGUUUAACGUUGCUAAGCACAAUUGAUGCUGCCAACAAUGAAAUAACUUCAAUACCCACUGAGAUUUCUAAUCUUACUCAUUUAAUCAAAUUGGAUGUAACAUCUAACAAGUUAGAUUCAUUACCCCUUGAAUUAUGUGAGUGUCCAAAAUUGAGAGAAGUGAUUAUUGUAGAUAAUAAAAUGAAGGAUAGGAAAUUGUUGAAGCUUGCAGAACACUCAACAAAAGCAUUACUAAACUACCUCAAAACUCAGUUGGACAAACAGCAAGCGCUAGAAAAAGGUAAUAAGAAAGACAAGUCUAAAAAAAGUAAUAAGAAGAAAGGGGAUAAAAAAGAAGUUGAAGAUUUGGAGCGCGACAUCAUAUCAGUUCUUCAAUUUGAAGUCGACAAUGGAUUUGUCAUUACAGCUACACAAGCAGUUAUGAGUGUGCGGCAAUACAUUGUUUGUUGCAUUAUUAAAAAUUUGGAUUUCAGCAAAUCAAAUAAUAUGUUCAAACGCUUCAUCAAUUUGCAGACUAAGUUGCAUGAAUCAAUCUGUGAAAAGCGACAAACAGCUACAAUUGCAACACAUGAUUUCAAGCUUAUCAAGGCUCCACUUGUGUAUGAUGCGCUUAGACCACAUGUAAUCCAGAUAACUCCUUUGUUCAAGACCAAAGUGACCACAGCUGAAAUUUUGAUGAAAGAGCUAAGGGAUGAAGCUGAGGCAUUUAGAAAAGAAAAAAAAAGAAGUACUUUAAGUGGUAUUCAUAAAUAUCUGGACCUCUUGAAGGACAAGACUCAUUACCCUUGUUUAAAGGAUGCUGAUGGAGACGUCAUAUCCUUUCCCCCUAUAACUAACAGUGAGAAAACAAAGAUUUCUAAAGAAACCACUGAUAUAUUGAUUGAAGUGACUAGUUCAACUAAUUUAGAUGUGUGUAAAAAAGUUUUGGAGGAGAUGCUCAGAGAAACUUUGCUGCUAGGUGUUGGUACACCUGGUUCAGAUGUCGGAGAAAAGGAAGUGGAGGGAGAAGCUCCAAAAGAAGUGGAUACUAGUCGCAUGAGAUUUCCUCAAAAGCUAACAGUAGAACAGGUCAAAGUUAUUGAUGCUCAGGGAAAUCUACGAGUGAUAUUCCCUUCAAGAGUAGAUUUACAAAACCCAGCUUAUGACGUGAUUAGGAACUAUGAAUAAAAAUCUGCAGAAUAAUUUUCUGUUCAUUUGAUUUAACAUAGGGAUUUUUCAUUAUGGCUAAUUUAUUAUUUGAUUUUUCUAAAUGCUUGCUUUUAAUUAAAUUUUAUCUCCGUUUGUAAUUGUCAGUCAUAAGGCUAGCUGUUGUGAUUCCUUCUAUAAUAAAAUAAAAAGUAAUCAGUGAUUGGUAUUUAAAAAACUAAAACAUUUUCAUAUAAUUGUUUCUACUCUUAGCUGAAAAAAUUAUUGAAAAAAAGGUAAGCUACAAAAAAUAAUUAAGUUAUUUUUCUGUUAUCAAAUUUUUUGUAGGUGCUGUUAUUCUAUCUUGAUUUAAAAAUUGAAAACAAAGACAUGAAUGCUUAUUGAACCCAUUUAAAUUACUUAAAAUAUUGAUUUUAAAAUUGUGGUAAAAGUGUUGUCUUCUUCUAAGUAUUUUGAUGGAUGCAAAUAAUUAGCUUGCUUCACAUGAAAUUUUAAAUGGAAACUGUGUACCAGAAAUUUCUGUAUUUGGCAAUAAACAUUGUGUUCUUUCUUGAGCAAAGUUUCAUGUUUGGU